AUGGUGGAGAAGCGUAUCCACGCGCUUCACAAUGCGGUUGUUGGGAAAAUUAUUGGCAAAAGAAUUCCUUUCUUUGUCUUGAAUGCCGAGAUUAAACGGCAAUGGGGCCGGUUUGGGGAUUAUAGUCUAUCUACAAUUGGGACUGAUUGUUUUGUUUGCAAAUUUAGCUUGGAAGAAGCUAGGGAUGCUGUGCUCUGUGGGGGGCCUUGGUUUUUUAGCGGAAACAUUAUUGGGUUGGACCGUUGGACCCCUUCCUUCUCUCCCAAUUCAAUGACUGGGCUUUCAUCACAAAUUUGGAUCCGCCUCCCGCAGCUCCCAUUGCAGUAUUGGGAUCUACAUAACGUGAUGAGGAUUGCCUCACAAUUUGGCACGCCACUUUGGAUUGAUGCUCAGACCGGGAUCGAAGGCAGACGGGAAUAUGCCCGGGUGUGUGUCCGACUUGAUUUGGCCAAGCAACUCCAGACGGGAACCUGGGUGAAUGGUUGGAAAGGCCGAUUUUACCAAAGGGUGGAAUACGAAGGGCUUGGUAUGUCGUGUUUUGGCUGCGGUCAUGUGGGCCACAAACAGGACCAGUGCCCCACCCGCAAGGUGGCUCGUGCUGGGAAUACGGCAGGGUCGCCUGCGAUGACCUCUAAGGGGAAGAAUGUAAUGGAUGGAGGAGGGUCUAGUGUGGCUUCUACGAGCAGGCCAAUGCGCAGUCCGGUGGAGGGCAAUGUGGAGGCGUGCGUCUAUGCCGCCAGGGGGUGCUGGCUCGAGCAACUGCACUGCGUCCAUAGGGUCUCGGACGCUUGCGGAUAUGGAAGGUAA